CUCAGCCACCGCACCGAUAAAUAGAAAGGUACCUGCAGCGCGCCGCACCGAGGCCAUCGCACAGCACCACGUCGACGCUCCACGCAUCGGUCUUGCCCCUCGCUUCCUCCUCGCUCCCUACUUUCUCCCCCCGUCCCCAGGAUCAGUCAGGCUCGCCUGCUCGAAGCAGCUGUUUAGAGCGUCCUCUCGCACACGUUUGGUUAUAAUCGGACUCGGAUAGCUUUGGACCUCGCGUUUAGCCCAUGCACCACCCCUCCAUUGCCAUCGGAGUAAUUUCAUCAUGACAUCCGAGCAGCAGCAGUCGUCGAAGGUCAGCACAGGCGACUCCGUGUCGACCGCGCCUGCAUCAGAGCCGGCGAAGGCCCCCGCACCGUUUUUGAGCCCGCAGAUUUCGUCGUAUUUCAUCGCGGGCGGCGUCGCUGGCGCUGCCUCGCGGACGGUCGUCAGUCCUCUGGAGAGGCUGAAGAUUAUCCAGCAGGUGCAGCCGCGGACGGGGGACGCGAAGCAGUAUAAGGGCGUGUGGAGCAGCUUGGUGCGGAUGUUCAAGGAGGAAGGGUUCAGGGGAUUCAUGCGGGGCAAUGGGAUUAAUUGCGUGCGGAUCAUCCCGUACAGCGCUGUUCAGUUUACGACGUACGAGCAGCUGAAAAAGUGGUUCACGCAGAAUGGAGCAAGGGAAUUGGACACCCCAACACGGCUGGUUAGUGGUGCGCUAGCCGGGAUCACCUCUGUCUGCACAACAUACCCAUUAGACUUGAUUCGCUCACGAUUAUCCAUCGCGACGGCGUCCAUCGUCUCUUCAUCUCCAUCUCCUACCCCAUCCUCCGCCGCCGCACCUGCCCAGCCUGCGCUGGCCUCCGCAUACCACACGUCCUCAGCAGCAUCGUCCGCCGCCCUCCGUUCACGAUCAGAAUUGACGAUGUGGGGCAUGACUCUGAAAGUCAUCCGCGAAGAGGGCGGCGUGCGGGCGCUCUACCGCGGUAUGGUCGCGACCGCGACGGGCGUCGCGCCGUACGUCGGGAUCAAUUUUGCUUCUUACGAGCUGCUGAGGGGCAUCGUCACGCCGCCCGGCAAGAGCAGCGUGGUGCGGAAGUUGAGCUGCGGUGCUCUGGCAGGUGCGGUGUCGCAGACGAUCACAUACCCCUUCGACGUUGUCCGGCGCAAGAUGCAGGUUUCAGGGAUGAGCUCGAGUGCUUUGGGAUACAAGUACAGCAGCGCGAUCGAUGCGACGCGGAGCAUCAUCCGGAACGAGGGCGUGCGAGGGAUGUACCGCGGGCUGUGGCCGAACCUCCUCAAGGUCGCGCCGAGUAUCGCCACGUCUUUCUUCACGUAUGAGCUGGUGAAGGAGUUCCUGCUCGGGCCGUGAGAGGGUUGUUGGUGGUCACACUUAUUUUGUACCGUUGGCGUCGCUGUUGUAUAGAGGGCCUGUUGAUCUAGGAUCACUUAAUUAUGAACGAGUGCCGGAAAUUACAUGUCC